AUGACAUUUACUAAAGGAAUUGGUUCACCAACAUAUAUGGCUCCAGAAAUACUUAAUAAAAAGAAAUAUGAAAAACCAGCAGAUAUUUAUUCAUUCUCAAUCUCUUUAUACCAAAUAAUUAUUUACCAUGACCCUUAUAAAGGAAUAUGUGAAUAUCCAUGGGAUAUUAUUGAUUUUAUCCAAAAAGAUAAUUAUCUUCCUCUCCCUGAAGAAGCAACUGAAGAGAUGAAUUUAUUAUUACAAAAUACUUGGGACCAUUCUCCUUUAAAACGAAUUAGUAUAAAAGAAGUUAUCUGUUCAUUACAAAAAAUCUUACAAUCAAUUCGUUCUAAAAAGGAAAAAACAAUUUAUUAA